AUGGCGCUCGACGUCUGGUAUGCCUGCCCCUCUCCCCUUCUGCUUCUAUCUCGACAUGAUCUCUGCCGCUCCCGCGGCGUCAUCGGUGCCGCCAUGGAAGAAGUGACUGGCACCGAGGACCUUCAGAUCCCGCCGUUUCCGGAACCGGAUGGGAUCCUCCAAGAUGACCCGCGCUUCUACCAUGACCUGGAUGAGGCCAUGCAGCAAGGUCAGCCCUCGCGCAUCCUGCACUCAAACACCACCCCAGAUCCCAACAUGACCUUUCCGCUACCUGUCACCUCACCUCUUGCCCGGCCCCGUGUCUCCCUAUUCGGCGUUCGUGGUCGUGGUCCGCGGUGCUUCCCAGCCGACUUAUCUUAUUCAUCGCUGGAGCGCAUCCUGCAUGCCUCCAGCUCUGUCGUUGAUGCCACCGACCGCUAUCGAACAAGCCUGCGCGCCCUCACAGGCGCACUCAGGGCUGGCGCCGCCCAUUACCGCCUCGUAAACACGGCGACCAACAAGCAAGCCACUCCCCUGCUGAUGAUGGCUGACAUGAUGGCCGAGAUGGAUGACUACCUCUCGACCUACAUGGGUCAGUUAGAGGCGACUUGCAAUGCUACCCUGGCUGAAGCCGCGGCGCAUUUCCGUGCCACCUUUGACUGCAAGGCGCAACUCUCUCAGUCGCACCUCAAGUACACUGCUACCAUGGCCAAGUUUUGUGCCACCAGCUGUGGUGAAGACGGUCUUGUGACGGAGGAAUACCAUCGUCGCGGUCUCAAAAGCUGCGCCACGCGCAAAAAUGCUCAUCUCACUGCCGUCGACUGUGAGGGCAUGCUGGUCGAUGUCCUGACCAUCAACAAGGUCGAUGUCCUGCAAAGUGUGCUUCAGCUUUCAUUGGCUCAGCUCCAUCUCUUUGAGGCAAGCUCCAAGUCGGUCGCCACACAUGAGCGUCGCUUCACCGACAUGUACAACCUUCUCCGUGACAUUCGGCUCAAGUCGGAGGGCACUUUGAAUUUGGAAGUUGAUCGCUUGGAAGGUGUUCGCUCCGCUAUCAUUUCGCGCCAUGAGCAAGAAGUGGCCUUGAUUCCAGAGGUGGCAGAGAAAAGCUCGCAUUUCAUGGCCUCUGUGAAACGAGUGGUUUCGCGCGCAGGCAACACGUCGGGCCGACGUAAAAAGGGAAGUGGCAGCUCCAAGUGGCGCUCGCGUAGCCGCAAGGACAAAGACCGCGCCGGCUUUAGCGCUGCUCAGUACGAGGCUGAGAUCGAACCCGCCCUGGCCCAGGGCGGACCCUUUGACCCAGCCGCCUCUAGCAAUAGUGUUGGCGCCCCGCCCACAAGGCUGCCCGAUGUCGAUGUGCCCCUCGACAAGAGUGGCUAUCUAAUGCGACGGAGCAAGGACAAACGGUGGCGCAUCGAGAGCUUUACGAUCCGAGGCAACACCCUUUGCCGUGUGGAACCCGAUGGCGAAGUCGUUGAGGUGGCACCCUUGCUGCUGUCCACAGUCAAGCAACUCUUGACGCACGAGCGUCACCAUGUUUUCGAGGUGGUGACUCCCAACGAGAACCUGCUUCUACAGGCGUUGGGUCCUCACGAAUACAGUGAGUGGAUUGCGGCUCUCAACGCAGGGAUUGCUGCCGCACUGGAUCACGGGAAUGCCGACAAAAAGGACGGUGAUGUCACAAUCAACCCGGCGGCAUACUUGCAAGAGAUUGAGGGCAACGACACUUGUGCCGACUGUGGCAAUGACGAUGUGGAGUGGGCCUCCAUCAACCUCGGCAUUGUACUGUGCAUCAACUGCAGCGGCGUGCACCGGAGCUUGGGCGUACACAUUAGCAAGGUGCGAUCCGUCCUGCUGGAUCGCUGGCCCACGGACAUCCUCGAGUUUAUGCGUACGAGGGGCAACCUGCGUGUCAAUGCACGGUACGAGGGCUGCCUGAGCAAACAUCCAGAAGUAUCCAAGCCAACCAAGGCCACCUCGGAUGCAGAACGCGAGGCUUACAUCCGCGCCAAAUACAUUGCACUGAAGUUCGAGGACCCAGACGUGCCGCUGGCACAACCAACCACGCAGGACGCGGUUGCAGCGGCUGCCACAGGGACCACCGCCUCUUCAUCGGCCUCGAUGAACAGCAAUGAACUCGUCACCACGCUGCAGCGUGCUAUGAAAGAUCGCCAGCAGUCGAUGGACAGCGGCAGCGAGAGUGCGGGUCCACCGACAAACUCGCCCAACGCGAAUGUUAACAAAUCACGCACGAUGCGCGAGAUGAAGCCAAUGCCGUUUUCAUCGCACCCGCCCCCACAGAUGGAUUUUACAUCGGAGGCGGAAGUGCAACGCAAGCGCACCAACUCAGCCAACUGGAGGCACGCCCUUGAAUCUGCAGUUGGCAAGGCCAGUCCGAGCUCGAGCAUGACGGCUGGUACUGCAGCCCCUGCACCCCAGCCAUCGACCGCUGCCCAGGCCCCGCUCUCAGCCCAGACCUCGGCUGAAGACAAUGGAUUGGAUGCAUCCACGGGCUUAAAUCGCAGUCGCGGCUCGGUGGGCUGGAGCGCGGUGAGCGGCGGGGACGAUGAUUCCAACGCUGGCUCAUAUACGUCCGAUGCCAUAUUGGGCACCGUGAUCCCCGAAGAUGGGUCGGACAUUGUGCUAGCCGAACCGCGGCCUCGGCGCCGCUCAUCCAUGUUGGCCACUCUCGUCACCUCAGCUGGACAGCAGCUGUGCCUCGAUCCGAGCCUGAGCCAAGCCAUGUACGACCACUCAAGCCGAGAAAUGUCCAAAAUUGAUCUACUUGAUCUUUCCAACGCCAGUAGCGGCGACUUUUUGGACCGUGUCGGGCGGGCUCGCCCACCGCGCGGUCGUCAGCUGUCGCGUGCCAGUGCUUCGGAAGCCAGUGAUGAUGUGGAACACCGAGAACGCUUCUUAGACGAUCGUUCUAGCCAUCCCGAGGGAGGUGAAGCGGACGCUGACUUGGAGGAUGAAGAGGAUGAUGUGGGCUCCGAUCGCGGCUUUCACCCCAAGGGCUUCAACUCGCGGUUUGCGCGUCGACAAGCGCGCCGCGUGAAAAAGCCCACCCGUGAACGUGAGCGUGCCUCUACCACGUCAAGUCGUGCUCCUUCCAAGCGAGCAUCGGAUGACUUUGUCUCGACGCUAGCUGGCCUGGCCGCUCUCUCGAGCCAUGAAUCACCUGACCGUGCCCGCUCGGCUAGCAAUGCCUCGAGCAUUUUUGAUGACCUGACUGAGGUGGGCCGAGCACGGUUGGUGGACCGCCUUCAGUCGCCUUUACGCGCCUUGGAGACCAAGGAUGGCUCGUCCAGUCGCCCCUCGAGUGCUCCAGGUAGUCGUUUGGGGAGUCGCCCUGCCAGCCAGCCCAGCAGUCGCCCCGCCAGCCGGCAAACAAGUCGCCAGCCGUCUCGCGAGGCGUCGCGUCUUGUAGAACCACGACCUCAGCGCCCGGUUGUGCACCAACCUUUGUCUCUGCACGAUGACCUGGGCUCGGAUUCCGACUCGAUGCUUGAGGCUCAAAUGGCAGUUUCACGCGUGAUGCGCUUUCGCCAGCGCACCAACACAGCCAGCGAGUGGCGCUCGAUGGAAUCCCCGUCUGACUCGGGCUCCAAGCGCGGUUCCGUGGACCUGGGAGUACCUGUGCCUGCAGCGCCGCAGGGCGGGCAGCCCUCGUCAAGCACAGGAGCCAAGCGUCGCAAGUAUACACACCCACACCCACCCUACCUACCCCCUCCCCAACCCAGCUUCCGACCUCCCGACAACCCCAACUAUACCGCAAUAGUCCCGACAACCACGUUCUGCCAUACCCCUGAACCGCGUUGCGGUGAGACAAGCCUCUUGCCCCGACCGCCCAUUUCCGCUGCUCCCCCUGCUGGCUCCUCUAUCUCGCUGUCUCUCUCCUCGGCCUCUCUUUACUUGCUGCUCCGAUUGACUCACACCAUCUUUGCGGAUGCGGGGGGCCGGCGUUGGUGGUCCCAUCUGAACAGCCCGCGUUGCGUGAACCAGCUCACCAAUAUCAAAAACUCUUCUGGCCCAGUCACCCCCAAGAUGCCCAGCUAUGCCGCCCAGGCCGCCCAGCGUGCCGCUGCUGCCAAUGGGCGAGGCGGUGGGCAAAACAAGCCGUCUUUUCGCGAGCGUUAUCGCAUGACAGACCGCAGCACGACCAGCACCGACUUUGCAUCCAAGCCUCAUGGCGCAGCGACGGAACGCGCCCGCCCGCCACAAGCCCGAGCCAAAGAGGCCUUUUCCUAUUCAGAUGCCCUCAAAAUGAACCGCACAGUCACUCAGACCGACUUUGUUGGUCACCGUGGCGGUGCCACACGUCAGCCCAAGCCUCAAGAUCAUAACAGGUUUGAAGGAGCCACCGACUAUGCCACCACCACACGGUUCCACCACGCACCCCCUGUCGCCGCGGAAAAGACACAAGCCAUCCGUCCAGCUAGCAAGACGUACGAGGCGUUGCACUUUGCGAACACGGCUCCAGUGACCCGCACUGUGACGCAUUCCGAUUUUCCCGGCCACAAAGCUCAGGUUAAAGCUUCCCCCUCCCGCAUUGGCCUAGUGCAAGCCAACAAAUCUGCCUUUGUGGCUCAUCGCCAAGCUGCCCCGAAGGAUAACAACCGUUUCGAGGGCAAGGCUGACUUUAUCACAUCCAAAGCCGAACAUCGACCCAUCCGCAAUCACCAACCGGAAAAGCUGGUCCGCCCAAGUACUCGCACUGGUGAAACCAUGCGCUCUCCCAAUGCCCCGGGCAUCUCCCGCACAGUGACUCAGCAAGAUUUUCCUGGAUAUGCUGCCAAGUCGGAGCGUCAGCGUGCACCUGUCGACCACCAACGUUUUGAGGGGGCGGCAGACUUUCGGACCACAACCAGCACUGACCUGCAGACCUGGCAAGGCGAGCGGACGCAAGCCAUCAAGCUUCCCAGCCGGGCUGGCGAAGCUCUCAAACCCGACGGCGCCAAUUUCCAUGGUCAUACCACAGCCAAAAAUGACUUUUUGGGCCAGCAAGCUGAGCGUCGUGCCAAUUUGCGCAAAAACUCCGCUCUUAAACCGACAGGCGAGCGCAACUUUCAAACCACCAUCCGUGAACAUUAUCCCGGCUGGUCUGAGCCCAAGCCCCAGCUGGCCCGUGGACCAACCUUUCAUCCCUCAAGCGCUCCACUUGAGCGCGAGACGACAAAUCGGGUUAUGUUUCAAGCGCCAUCGCCAACGGCUGCCAAGGCGCCUCCGCCUCGCAACCACCUCACCUUUGAGGGUGCACAUGCGCACAAUACCACCUAUCGUGACCUCAUGUCUCCGACGCCUGCAGUCGAGCGAAACCAGCCCACUUUAACCUCCCACUCAACACACUUUGAGCUCACGCGUGCCCUAGAGGCCGUCGCUGUCCUGUUUGUGAUUCACGACCUGCCUCAUGUCCUGACAAUUGACCCGAGUUCACCCGUGAUGCUCUGCGAUCUGGCCAUUCGUUUAACUUCCCAAUCCCAAACCGAUAAGAACCUUGUACACUCACGCACACAAUUUCAUCUCUCUCUCUCUCUUUCUCUUUCUCUCUCUUUCACACACAAUUUCUCUGACUUUAACCUGUUGGUACAAGUAGCAAGCAGGCGAUCAAAAUCGAGCAACAUGAGAGACUCGGUGCUGCUGGUAGCGUUGGAUGAUGCGCACCACGCCAAGGCACAAGAUGUGGUGCGACAGCUCACCACCAUCAGCACCAAAGCUGACAUCGACGCGGACCGCUUGCCUGUACCGACGACCCGAGAAACGAUCUGGCCCGUCGCGACAAAGUACUACACAGCCGAUAUCAGAUUAGUUGUCCUACCUGAGGCUGCCACAGUCGCGCAACACCUGGAGCAAGCCGAUGCCGUCGUCCUCGUUGUCGAUCGUUCUGCCCCUCUGCCGACAGACUUGAAGUUGUUGCUUGAGGCCGUGGAGAACCAUGAUCCAGCCCUGCGACUUUUUUACGAUGUAGCUGCUGCCGCAGCCCCCACGCACCGUGACUAUGGCAGCGCUCAAGGUGCAUUGCCCGUGUGGUGCCAAGAGCAAAGCUUGGAGCUUGUACAUGCCGAACUACCCCUGGACGACGCUCUCGACCUUGGAUUUGAAGAGCCCGAUUUGGGCGUCGGGCGCCUGGCCGAAGCUUUGACAGCACACAUGUGGGAACACAUGGCUCCAGUCGAAGCAAGCGGACGCGCCUCAGCGGCCGUCAACGUGCCCAGUCGCGGCCUUCUCGAUUCCAUGGAAAUUGAGGCCGCUGCAUCCGCUGAUGAUGGCUCGACGGAAGGCGAGAGCGAAUCAGACGAACCCCACGAUGCUCUCCUUCAGACGGCAUUACAGGGGCUGGUUCGCAUGAAACAACAAACGGAUGUUGUCCGAGCUAUGGAACACGAGGCAGCCGUCGCGAAUGCAGCUGAGUUGGCGCAGACUGACAAGGAAGCGGAUGGUGACCAGGACCAUGAUCAAAGUGAUGCUGAAGAUGACACAGAAGAUGAUGAAGAAUUUGACCUGUCCAAUCUGGCUGAUGCGCUUCGACAGAUUCGUGAGUCCAGCCAGCAUGUGCCCGACGAGCAGCGACGCCACCGCGCGGCCGUAUUGGCCGCUGCUCUGGCAGAGAGCCUCUUUGGUGGCUCAAGCGGGUGGAGCGACGAUGAAGGUGAUGACAAUGACAGCCCUGGGCACUAA